UAUAUAUCCCAUGCAAUAUCCCCUCUAUUAAUCUUGAAGCUCUUUCUUCUCCUUCUUAUUCCCCCAAUCAUAGUUUCCAACAGAGAAACCUCAAAACACUUCUCUUCUGUUUGCAAAUCAUUUGUCUCUUGCUGACGUUUUCUUUUUAAUCAAGAAUAUAUAUCAUCGAUAUCUAUUCCAUUUUGCACAGACAUUCCUGUAAGGUACACAACCAACAAGAACAACGAUGAUAUCUUCGAGCAAGAUCCUCGUGGCAGUCCCUUUAGCCCGAGAAGAGAGCAAAAACUUGUUGUCUUGGGCCAUCAAUUCUAUAGCUAAGCCAAGCGACACCAUUGUAGCGUUUCACGUUCUCGUGGGUGAAGAACCGAGAAAUUUUCCACUGAAGAAGAAGAAGAGAGCUCAGAUUCGCCUUGCAAAAGCCCAUGUUAUAUCGGUGCUUGCAGAGUUCACCCGCAGCUGCCACUCCAAACAGGUGAAUCUGGAAGCGAAAGUAGGAUUUAGCUCAAGUGUCGGAAGAGGCCUUGUCGACGAAGCCAAGUCCAUUUCCGCACACUAUCUUCUUCUCUCCCGCCCCACCAACCAUGAUUUCAGGAAAUCACUUGGAAUCACCAAGUAUGCGACAGAGUUUGCACCGCCAGAUUGCGCUGUUAUCUUAGUGGGAAGACAGAAGAAACGUCAGAAAGAUUCCUUCUCCGACUGUACUUCUACCAUUCCUAAAGAGAUAAAGAGGGAAAGUUCUUCUCCAAGGAGCGUGUGGAGUGCCCUCGAGAGAGACUCGGUCAAUAGCUCGAGCGACGACGCUUCCAGUUUCACCGGUUCUACAUCCUCCACUAACUUCCUUUCUUCAGUGGAUAAGCCUAAACCUAAGCCAUUGUCUCCGUACAGACUCAUAUCUUCUUUAAUAUCGAAUUCUCCUAUGAGAAGAUGGAGAGGAAACUACUCUAAGAAGAACCCUAAACCCCAGCCUUUGAUGCGCUGCUUCAGCUAUGCCGAGAUCUCCAAAGCCACGAAUGAAUUUCAUGAAGACAACAUAGUAGGCGUUGGAGGGUACUCUGAAGUGUACAGAGGAGAUCUCUCAGAUGGAAAAAGAAUCGCAGUGAAGAGAUUGGCGAAAGACAACAGUGACAUGAACAAGGAGAAAGAGUUUCUUACAGAACUCGGCAUAAUAAGCCACGUCUCUCAUCCCAACACGGCCAACCUCUUAGGCUGCUGCAUCGAGAGAGGUCUCUAUCUCAUCUUCAGCCUCUCAGAGAACGGCAACUUGUACUCAGCCUUGCACGAGGACAAUGAGGGAUCGCUUGAUUGGCCGAUUCGGUAUAAGAUCGCAGUGGGAGUGGCUCGAGGGCUUCACUAUCUCCAUAAACGCUGCAACCACCGAAUCAUUCAUCGCGACAUCAAAGCCUCUAACGUUCUCCUUGGACCUGACUAUGAACCUCAGAUAACGGACUUUGGAUUAGCCAAGUGGCUGCCGAACAAAUGGACACACCACGCGGUGAUGCCGGUGGAGGGGACGUUCGGAUAUCUAGCGCCUGAGUAUUUCAUGCACGGCAUUGUGGACGAGAAAACCGACGUCUACGCCUUCGGUAUUCUUCUCCUGGAGAUAUUAACCGGUCGAAAACCGGUCGGUUCCUCCCAGAGACACCUUCUCUUGUGGGCGAAGCCGAUAAUGGAGACAGGAAAGACGAGGGAGUUGGCUGAUCCGAAACUCAAAGGCAGAUACGACGAGCAACAGAUUCAAAGGCUCAUCCUCACCGCUUCCCAUUGCGUUCAUCAAUCACCCAUCUUCCGACCCUCCAUGACCCAGGUGUUGGAGUUGCUGACGUGUGGGAACGAGGCUGAUAUCGGCAAUACUUGGAGGAUAUUGCCAAAGCAAAACAAUCCUCGAGAGGAAGAAAUGGACGAUUAUUCCAUGAUUUUAGGAUACGACGUUCCCUUUGACUAUUGUUUCGAUUCCGUAUUUUAAGCUCUCUCUCUUCUUAGUUACCUGAAAGCAUAUAAUAUAAUACACACAUCCACAUCCACUGAUAUUUGUCUUGUGAUUUGUUUUUUUUACUUGUAAUAAUUUUUGAGAUAUUAACAUAAUAUAAGGUCUAAUACAA